AUGUACGAGAGCGAAGAAUUGAUUAGCUGCUCCACUUUGCCGUUGGUGCGUUUGCGAUUUAGUGGAGCAAAGAAUCUGCCACUGCAAAAGGAUUGGAGCAAACGUUGGUGUGCAGUUCCGCAACGAUUCAGAGAUGACUUUGUGCAACGCAUACGUGAGUUUGAUACACGUCACGACGAUGUCUAUUUGGUGUCCUAUCUGAAAACAGGCUCCACCUGGCUGCAGGAGCUGGCCUGGCUGCUGCUGAAUCAACUGGACUUUGAGCUGGCCAAAAGCAGUUACGCCUGGCAGCGUAGUCAUUACUUAGAGCACUCAACGGUGUCGCAGCGCGACUUUGAUUCGGUUGCGCAGUGUGAGCAAAUGGCAAGUCCACGUCUAAUCAAGUCGCAUCUGCCUGCGCAUUUGCUGCCAUCUCAAGUGUGGCAACAUGGACGUCGCAUCAUCUAUGUGGCGCGCAAUCCCAAGGACGUGCUAGUGUCCAGCUAUCACUUUUUUACUGGCGUCGGCUUGUGGCGCGGUGACAUGGCAACUUUUAUUGAAGAAUUUAUCGCAGAUAAAUUGCUGUUCACUUCAUAUUUGCAGCAUUUGAUCGAAUUUUGGCACAUGCGCCAUGAGUCAAAUAUUUUCUUUGUUACAUAUGAAGAAAUGCAGCGUGAUUUGGGCCAAGUUAUAAACAAAUUGGCCAAUUUUCUUGAAGUUGGUAACUUAAGUGCAGCACAAAUAAAUCAACUGCUGCAGCAUCUUUCCUUUAAGCAGAUGAAAGUCACCAAGUACAGCAAUCUAACCGGUUUGUUCAAAGAUGCAACUAAGACCAGCGAAGAUUUUGAAUUCAUGCGUCGCGGCAUUAUUGGUGCCUACAAAGAUGAAUUAACAGCAGAGCAAAGACUGGAUCUGGAUCAAUGGAUUGCAAACUUUUUGCAGCAGUACAAUCUCAAGGAAAGUGAUAUUUUUGGUCAAAUAUAAAUUGUUUAAACUUUAUUGCAGCUCUUAAGCUAUAAUUACAU